AUGGCUUUAUAUGGUGCAAAAAUAGACCCAACUCCAUAUGUUCCAUAUGAAAGAGAAUAUGUAAAAACAUAAGAUGGUGGCUAAAUUGCAUUAGAUUGGGUACCAUUAAAGAAGCAAUUUUAAAACGAAGAAGAUAAUAAAAAUAAAAUUCUUAUGAUAAUGCAUGGACUUACAGGAGCCUCUAAUUCUAAUUAUAUUUCUUAAUUAGCUUUAUUUGCUUAAAAAAAUGGAUAUAGGCCUGUAUGUAUUAAUAUGAGAGGAUAUAAUUCAUAAUUAUCUAAUCAUUAAUUAACUGAUUUUACAAAAAACGAUGAUUUAUUAAUUACCAUAGAUCAUAUUAAAUAGAAAUUUCCUUAGGCUAAUCUUUACGCAGCAGGUAUUUCUAUGGGGGCAAAUUAUUUAUUAAAAAUGGCAGGAUAAGAAUAAGAAAACUGCAAAUUAUAAGCCAUUGUAAGUAUUUCUAAUCCUUUUGAUUUAUUGAAAUGUAGUUAUGAAUUAAAAAAAUGGUCGAAAAAAAUUUACGAUUUUAACUUGACUAAAAAUUAUAUAAGAAAUUUGUAAUAAAAUUUAGAUAUUUUUAAAUAGAAUGAAUAAAAAUUAGGAAUAAAUUUAGGUUUUUAUUUAUUUUAAAAUAAAAUAUUUAUUAAAUUUUAAUAAAAAAAAGAUAAAAUAUUAUCAGCUAAAACUACAGAAGAAUACCAUUCUGAACUAACAAUGAAACUAACAAAACAUUAAAAUUUAGAAUAAAUGUAUACAGAAUCAAGUUGUGCUAAAUAUAUAAAAGACAUAAAAGUGCCAACAUUAUGUAUAAAUAGCGGCGAUGACUACGUUUGUGUUCCUGAUCAUAUUCCUAAAGACAAAAUUACCUAAAAUCCCAAUAUAAUUAUGGUUAUGACAUAAAGAGGUGGUCAUAUUGAUUAUUUUACUACUUAUAAAUGCUAAAGAGUAUAUAUUUUUUUUAUUUUUUUUAAAUAUAUUUUAGUGGGCAUAUUAACCAGCUCUUGA